AUGUUACUAGUUUGGUACUUUGUUGAUCACACUCAGUAUGCAGGGAUUCAGAAUUCUUCUAUCCAUGGAACAACAAGUGUGUUAGGGCCUACGCGUAUGGAUCAGUCAUUUGUUGUUUUGCCAGAACAAAUAAAUCAAUUGGCGAAUCUACCUCCUCGACCUCGUGGCGGAGGAGUUGUGCAGCCUGAGACAAGCCAGGGCGGGAAGAUGAUGGAAGAGUCAUUUGUGGUGUUGCCUCCAACUGCUGCAUCAGUGUAUAAAACUGACUCUGUGUCUGAUCUCUCUGGAACCCAUUUGCCAACAGCUGAAGGUGGAAAAACAAUCAAUCCUACUCAACACAAUGCUUCAGGAUUUAGUUCCACUAUAAUUGUCCUGCAACGUGCAUUUGAUAUUGCCACGAGCCAGACACAGGUGGAGCAACCUUUGUGCCUGGAGUGCAUGAGGGUAUUGUAAGAUAAGCUUGACAAGGAGGUUGAGGAUGUGAAUAGAGACAUACAAGCCUAUGAGGCAUGCCUUGAACGCUUGGAAGGAGAGUCAAUAAACGUUCUUAGUGAGGCAGAUUUUCUUAA